GCUGCAAGAGUGAUUUGGUUUCGGUGUUUUCUGUCUCACACUCCCCUCCUGAGCUCCUCUCUUCUCAACUUUCUUCUCGCCGGCCGGAAAUGAGUAACCUUAUUCUGAAGCGAUUCAUCGAAACCUCAUCGUUCUCUGCUUCCUCCAGAUCCGCUCUCCCCUUCCUGCUCUCCUCUCGACGUAAUGCAGUCUCAGUCCCACUGGUUGAGGAGGAAGCUGAAACAGUAGUUUUUCCAAGGGAGAGCCCUGGAUUUUCUUAUGGCCUAAAUUGGGCUCUGGCCGGAAAAGGUGUCAUUGUGAAGGAUAAAGCUUUCCAAAACCUAAAGUCUUCUGAGUUGCAACAAAGAGGUGCUAGCCUUGCAGAAUCCUUGUCAGGAGUUCCAGUUCAUGUUAGAGGAAAUGUUCUUGAAGGAGCUUCAGAAAUUUCAAAGGCUCAAUUCAGUAAACUUCUGAAGCAGGUUACAACUUACCUAUCCAAUGUCUCAAACAUUUUUGUCCAUGAUGGGGCUAUUGGUUCAUCACCAAAAUCUGACGCCAAAGUUCGUGUUAUCAGUGACAACCCAUCUGCCAUAUUGUCACUUUCCAAUAUCUUGUGGAAGACUUCAACCCGUGCUGUCUCCCAUGAUUCUUGCCCUUUGACUGUUUAUGCUGCUGCUUCUUUAAGUGCCGCUGUCACAGAUGCUAUUGGGCUUCGAACUCAAGGAAAUAAUGGAAUUAUUGCAGCUGAUAUUGAGCGAUCUUCACUCAUUUUAUGUGGCAAAGCUUUCUCUGAUGUAAAUGGAACUAAGGAAGCAUUAGCUGCCUUGUCUGGACCAAUUAUAUCAACACGCGGAGGCCUUCAUCUAUCUGCGAGGCUCCUUGUCUCUGGUGAUAAUGUGGUUCUUUUGUUUGCACCUGAGGAUACAAUUCAGAGUUGUGCAGAUUCAUUGGUGUCUGCAGAUGCUGGUGUGAUACUUUCCUCUCAAGGUGUUGCACCACUGUUUCAAACCAAGAAUUCUGGUGGUUCAAAUGUAUUCAAAAUGCCAGUUGCUGCUAUACUUGUGACCUCUGACAGUUCUGGAGGCAUUCCUUCUGUAUCAAAGCUAUCUCCAGGGCAAGCGGCUUAUCAUUUUUUGGCAGGUUAUCAAAAUGGGAAGUUUGUGCCUGCAUAUGCCAAGGGUCCAACACGUGUUGAUGCUUUAGAACUUGCAAAAGCUCUUCUGUCCAAGUUGAAAGACCACCAGAUAUCAUCUUUCCUUGUCAAUGCCCGUGCAGGAGAAAAGACUGUAACAGGAAAGGAUCUUUUGAAGCUGGUUCAAUCUACUUUGUCAAAGAACAUUGCACCCUUUGAACUUAAAGGUGGAGAUCUUCAAGGAAAGUAUAAUACCUUUCUAUCAAGUAAGUUUCAAGAAAUACCUGAAGACUUCUCAUUCUAAGAGAGCUAAAUCCCCCUGUCAUUGUAGCUGAGUUUCUCAUGUUCCAACUGUAACCUCCCUUCCAAAAGUUUAACACUCAUAACGUGUAUGAUUUUUGCUUCCUGAAAUAGCAUCUGGUUUCGAGUACCAGAAAAUGAAAUAAAUAUUCUGAUUUUUCAUGAUUCUUUUAUUUUCUGUUAAGUCCCAUUUUAACCAGGGUUUAGACUUUGUGC